AACCUGUGUUCAAACAUAUGCCAAAGCAACACUCCAUCCGUGACAUCACAGCCAAUUAAGUUUUCCCCACUCCUCCCUCCAACUAUUUCAGUCUUAACACAGGGAUUAGAAUUCCAGAAGACAGCAGGAGACUCACUUGGAAGGAACAAUACCCACAGACCUGCUGCUAUCUAUAACAAGCCCAGGUGUGACUCUGUAGGCUGGUACCUCUGCAGUCAAAGACAGACUAAGACAGAAUCCAUAGUAUAUAUCCAUCGACCAUCUACUUUUGUGCAAAAUGGAGCGUUCAACCCAAGAGCUGUUCCUUAACUUCAUGAUUGUCUUAAUCACUGUGUUGCUCAUGUGGGUCCUUGUGAAAUCCUAUCAAAGCUAAAGGACUGUUCUAGUAGAAUGGAAUCAAAAUGAGUGCAAUUGUCUCUUUAGGAAUGUGGGCCACGUAACCAAGUUCAUGUGUACGACAGCAAAGUAUGCUUUAUGUCCUGCCACAGGCGGCCUUGUCUUGCCAAUGUCUCCCUAAAACAUGUAAAUCCAGUGCCAACGUUUCCAUGUGUGCCUGUCCGGUCGACAGAUGAUGUGCCAUGCAGAACACAUUGACAGCUCCGAACAUUACACACAAACAGUUGAGAUAUGUUUAGUCUGCUAGUGAAAGUCAUGUGAAUAUGUUUAUCUUAUUCGGUCUUCAGAUAUAUUCAGGAAUAAAUGUAAAAAAAAUAGAAAAUCCACUUAAAUAAA